CGGCCGGCCGCGCGUGCUCGCGCCGUCCGCCCACCCACUGGCUGGCCACAGCUCCCCGCCGCGUCGCGCGAGGCCCGCGCCCCCGCCUCCCCAAUCCCGUGGUGACAACCCAUCGCCGCCAUGGGCCUCGGCCUGCAGCCAGCGGCCAGCCCUCGUUUUCUAUCUAUCUGCAACAACCCGCCGGGGCGUCGCGGCUUGGACGCUACUACUAGUACGCUGCCAAACAGCGGAGCAGAGCAAAGUGCAGCGCGGCGCAGUGCAGAGCGACCCCUCUCGGAGCAGAGCGUGCGCGCUUGCUCCACCCCCUCCUCUCUCUCGUCUCUCCCCCGGUCUAUCGAGCCAUGGCGGCCCGCUGCGGGAGCCUCCCCCUGGUCGCCGUGCUGGUCGCGUUGCUCUGCCGCGCCGAGGCGGCGGUGAGGGAGCUCAAGGUCGGGUACUACGCCGAGACGUGCCCGGAGGCCGAGGGCAUCGUCCGGGAGGUCAUGGCGCGCGCGCGCGCCCGCGAGGCCCGCAGCGUCGCCUCCGUCAUGCGCCUCCAGUUCCACGACUGCUUCGUCAACGGGUGCGACGGGUCGGUGCUGAUGGACGCCACGCCGACGAUGCCCGGCGAGAAGGACGCGCUGUCCAACAUCAACUCCCUGCGCUCGUUCGAGGUCGUCGACGAGAUCAAGGAGGCGCUGGAGGAGCGCUGCCCCGGCGUCGUCUCCUGCGCCGACAUCGUCAUCAUGGCCGCCCGCGACGCCGUCGUCCUGACCGGUGGGCCCAGCUGGGAGGUGCGGCUCGGGCGCGACGACAGCCUGACGGCGAGCCAGGAGGACUCGGACAGCAUCAUGCCGAGCCCGCGCGCCAACGCCAGCGCGCUCAUCCGCCUCUUCGCGGGGCUCAACCUCAGCGUCACCGACCUCGUCGCGCUCUCCGGCUCGCACUCCAUCGGCGAGGCUCGCUGCUUCUCCAUCGUCUUCCGCCUCUACAACCAGUCCGGCUCCGGCCGCCCCGACCCCCACAUGGACGCCGCCUACCGCUGCGCGCUCGACGCGCUCUGCCCCAAGGGCGGCGACGAGGAGGUCACGGGCGGCAUGGACGCCACCCCGCGCGCCUUCGACAACCAGUACUUCAAGGACCUCGUCGCCCUCCGCGGCUUCCUCAACUCCGACCAGACGCUCUUCUCCGACAACGCCAGGACCCGCCGCGUCGUCAAGCGCUUCAGCAAGGACCAGAACGCCUUCUUCAGGGCCUUCGCCGAGGGGAUGAUCAAGAUGGGCGAGCUGCAGAACCCCAGGAAGGGGGAGAUACGGCGUAACUGCCGCGUCGCCAACAACUCGCCGGCGACGACACCCAAGGAGGUGGCGGCGUACCGCGUCAUGGACUUCUGAUCGAGCUCCGGCUGGAUUACUGUUUCAGAAGAGAUCGUCGAGCUCUGAUAUGGUGGUACUAAUAUGUUGACAAGGUUUUUGAUCGUGUGUAAGUCCUGCCUGCACCUACCUAUGAUUGUGGUGCGCGAGCUUUUGUGCUCAUUGCUGAUGUCGGAAAUAAUUGAGAUAGUGUGCCUAUAUACAUGAUAAGGGUAGCUUAGCCGAAAAUUGCCUCAUGUGAUUUAGGUCAUUCUGCUGACCAGUUUUAUUCACAAAACAAAUAAUUAAAUGGGUUGCACAUAGAGCGCACGUGCA